AUUGUUCAGUAGCCACACAUACUUCACACAGAGAACAACAUUUUCUCAAAUUGACACAUACAAAAUAUUCAAUUUUUUUGCGUUAAUUUGUGUUCGUUUCCGUCCGUCGUUUAUAUAAUAAUUUUCCUUACACGGUAAUGCCAGAUUUCUCCUGAUCGAAAACUACACACUAACCACUAACACACUAAUCAGCAGCUUUGGAGGUUUUUUUUUGGGAGAAGGCGCAAAUAAUGGGUACUCCAAGAAAUUCUCUGACUAAGGAACACACAGCUUCCAUAUUGGGUUCUGUGAAUAGAAAGUCAUAUCCUCUGCGAUUCGGCGAAACGGAAAAGGGUCCAAUGGCCGAACGAGAUUAUGGAUUGAUGAAAAUUAGCUCGAAUAAAUCGCAGACACCAUAUCCACGUGUUGAGAAGGGUGUCGACCCCGACAUGCUAAAGGCUCGCCUCAAAGACCGGAGACAUAGCGAGGCCAGUAGUCGUAGACUCGAUGAAUCGUUAGCAUCGGAAGUUAUAAUAGAGAAAAUUCAUUUGGUAAAAUUGGAUCCUGCUGGUGUCGAUAGGCAAAGAGAGGAGGAGCGUGAAAAACUACUUAUGGGAACACCUCACCCGAAAAAGGGUAACGCAGUUGACCCCAAACUGUUGAUAAAACAUCUCAAAUUUUCAACGACAUCAACAAGCCGAAGACGUUCACUCGAAAGAGAUUCUACCUUCGGUAGGAGGUAUUCAAAAAGACCCUCCAAGCGAAGCAAACAAGUUUUAAAUGCUAGAUCGAAUCUACUAAAGAGAUGUAAGAAACGUGUCCUUAUCAAUCCACAUCAUCAGUCUAUCGAUGACUUGGACAGUGCGGAUGGAAAGUACUUUCAGGAUGAUUGUCAGAUUUCUCAAUUUAGUAGCUUGUUCGGUAGCAGGACAUCGUUCACCAAGCUAGACUUUGAGGAACGUCGUCGUAAAUUCUAUGAGGCGGAAUUCACAAUUGCCAAGAAGGGUAAACGAAUAGGAGAGUCCAUGACGGUGCAACCCAAUACCGCUCAGAUUGUGGAAAAACAAUCAUGGUUCGCUAGCGAUAACCGAGCCAAGGAGGAAAUUGAAAAGUUCAUUAUUAAACAGGGUUUCGUGAAAACUCGCAAUGAUCAGUUAACCACAUGGAGACAGCAAUCCCGACUAUCACAUUAUAGCGAUCGAGGUUAUGCCAGAAGUAGCCACUAUUCCCGCUCCUCACAGGCAUCACUGAGGAGUAUUGUAUCGUUGAAAAGUCCACGUAUUAAAUUGCCUCAUUAGCGAUAGUGCAAUCAAUGAUUAAAUCAUUUUUAGACUUGACUGCAUUGUCGCCAAUGGUGGAAUGAUCUUAUAUUUUCAACAUCAUUUUGGCCAUAACAUUUAAUAUGUAGACUUAAAUUUCAAGUCAACAAAAACAAUGUAGUACAAUGUAUAAUACAGACGUUUGUAAAGCUUA